CACAGUCAGCAUCUGGAACCUGUCCUCAAAAGCAAAGAUACUCCCUCAAACUUGAUGUUAAAGAUGGCAAGAUCUACAACGAGCAGAACUUUUUCCAGCGAGCUGCGAAGGCAGGCACAGUGGAGAAGUGGAAGAAGUGGCACUCCGUGCCACUGCUGGGAAUCCCCAGUUGCGUUGGCUUUGGACUGCAUGCAGAUAGCUACAGGUUUUUGGUGUUCUCUGACUUAGGACGAAGUCUUCAGUCAGUCCUGAAUGAUGGCUUACACCUGCUGAGGGAGAAGGCAGCUUUUCAGAUUGUAGUCCGGCUGCUAGACUGCCUGGAGUACAUCCAUGAAAAUGAGUACGUGCAUGGGGACAUCACAGCUGAGAACAUCUAUCUGAACCCAGCAGACCUCACUCAGGUGACCCUGGCAGGCUAUUGCUUUGCGUUCCGUUACUGCCCAGGGGGGAAGCACGUGGCUCAGCGGGACGGCAGCAGGACCCCUCAUGAAGGCACGAUAGAGUUUAUCAGCCUGGACAGCCACAGGGGAGCAGGACCAUCUCGCCGGAGUGACUUGGAAUCUCUAGGCUACUGUCUUCUGAAAUGGCUCUGUGGCUUCUUGCCUUGGUCUGAUGAGCUGGACAAAGUAGAAACUGUGGUGGAGAAGAAGGAAAAGUACAAAGGGGAUGUGAAAUGCCUUCUGCGACUGUGCUUCAGGCAGAGAUCCAUUCCAGAUGCCCUGCAGAGCUACCUGCAGCAAGUAUCGGCCCUAGAGUACGAGGAGAAGCCUGACUAUGAGGCCCUGCGGCAGCUCUUCAAGAAGCCGCUCGGAAAGAGGAAAGCUUCGGCCUAUCGGGAUGGUGCCCUAAAUCAAGAAAACCUGCGCAGGAACAGAGUUCCAAGCUUUCUGCAGUGUGAGGCCUUUCCCACAGAUAUUUAA